AUGUCGGUAGUGAAGCUUCCUGUUCGCGGAUCUGGGUCCGUAUUUACUGCCGGAUGGGACUUGCGGACAUUUACUGCUUUUGGAAUUGUUGGUGAGUACACGUAUUGUGCUGUCUGGUGGACGCACCGUCGCUUGAGCCAUCACCAACCGUAUGCGGAGCUAACAUCAGCUACUCCAGGCUUUGCGAAUACGCUUCUUCCGUACAUCAUCUUUUCUAGCCUUUAUCUCAUUGUGCCCUUUUCGUUGCCUGUUGUGUUACUCAUAGAGUUGCUUCCUGCUAUUGCGGUCAAGCUCCUCGUUCCGCAUAUCUUGCAUUACACACCACACUGGGUUUGGCUGGCCUUGCUUUCGGGUUGCUGGAUCUUGGCCACAGUCACUGCCAAUGCCGCACCUCCAAACGUUAUUGCCCCUAUCCGCAUUCUGAUUGCUGUGCUUGCUUCGGCGAAUACUGCAGUUGCUGAGGUUUUCUUCUUGAGCCAGCUGUCUCAUUACGGCAAGACCGCUCUGGCGGGAUGGGGGACUGGAUCCGCAGCUGGCGGUGCAUUGCGCGCCGUCCUUCCAACAAUAUUAACGAUACGCAUGGGUCUUAUGAUGCGUAAUGCUACAAGCUAUGUCUACUAUUUGCUGGUGGCCAUGGUAGCUGCUUAUUUCCUGGUGCUGCCUUCUCCUGUGCUGCGCACUAUGGCAGUUAAUGAACUGGCCGGGGAAGAUGAAGCUGCAGUUGAGAUGGAAAGCCAUAAAUCCACCCUGAUCACUGCAGAAAGUCACUCGCAAACGAUUAGUUUCCGGGAACGCAUCCAUCGUAACAUGCAGCUGAUGAGCAGCAAGCUGCUUCGGCUGUGUAUAGACCCUCUUCUUCUUGUUACUGCAGCACAGGGCCUCGUGUCCUCAGGAACACCCCGUGCCAGUCGCGCACUGCGAAGCUUCUCAGGGUAUCAGUCGUUUUCAGCCACAUAUGGUCUUGCAUUCCAGAUUGGAGAUUUGAUUGCUCGCUCAACCGCCCUUUUGUUUCGCACCAGGAGACCGAGACUUCUCUUCGCUUUGUUGGUGGUUUGCUGUCUCGCUGCCAUCCUCAACACAUCACUUAUGCUGAGCGCAAACAUAUACUUUGUACUUGGCCUUAUAUCUUGCAUUGGCUGGCUGAGAGGAAUGAUGUAUAUGAACAUAUAUGGCGCCGCAAUGGAGUAUCUGAGUAGGAAUCCAGACGCCAAUGCGGAAUUUGCCCUUGGGAGCAUUGGAGUGGGAGAGACAGCGGGAAUGCUGAUCGGAUCACUUACUGCUGUCACGUUUGAAUCACAACUUUGCGGAUUAGCUAGUCGAAGCGGACGGUGGUGUUCCACUAUCACAUAG